AUGUCCGGAAAAGAUGGCGCGUCAUCUAACGAUGACUGGUUACCAGAGAAAAAGACCACUGCUAAGCUUAGUGUCGCCGAUAGAGUCGCGUCUUUCCGGCACAAGUCCGUUCAGUCUGGGGGAGCCGUCCCCGUACCUGCUGCCUCGGGCCGAACCGGAACCAGUGCUGCUGGCUCGGUCCGGACCGGACCUAGUGCGGCUGGGUCGGUCCGAACGGGACCCAGUGCUAGUGGGUCAGUCCGAACCGGACCCAGUGCUGCAGGUUCGGGAGCUUCGAAAGACUCCAGUGUGGCUUUGGAAGUGGAGCUCGGGCAGCUGAAAAUAAAGAAUAUGGACAUGCGACUGAAAAUGGAGAACAUGCAAGCGGAGUUAAAGGCAGCGAAGGAACAGAUCGGGCAGAUGACGAAAGAAAUCGAUUCAUGGAAGAGAGGUGGAGUGUCUGAGGAUGCGGCUGGGGAAAUGCAGGCAGAAAUUGAGAAGCUGCGGAAAGAAUUGGCGGAAAGCAAAAUUGCUGGAGGGAGUGGCGCCGCAAUGGGCGCAAAGGAUAAGGACUUAAAGGAGAAAGUGGAGAAGCUUACAAAGGAUAACAAGAAACGCAUGGCUUCGGAAAAAGAAGCACUGGAAGCGAUUGGGAAAGUGCGAGAGGAGAAAGAGGACGCAGAAAGGAGACUAGAGGAGGCGGAAAAGGAAAGGGAUGAGGCGAGGAAAGCGAAGGAAGAGGCGGAAUUACAGAAGGAGCAGGCUAUGAGGGAGAAGGAAGAGGUGGAAGCGAGCAUGGAUGAGUUGGUGGAGGCUGCUUGUAGGGACUCGGAGGAGGGGAGGAGGAAGGCCGAGCAGGAGCGAGAUGAGGCGCUGAGGCUGAAAGAGGGAGUGGAAGGAGAGAAAGCGGAGCUUCAGAAGGUUUUGGAGGAGGAGUUGAGGAAGCGAGAGGAGGCUGAGGAGAUUAAGGAGCAGGCUGUUGGGGAGAAGGAAGAGGCGGAACGGGCGCAGGCGGAGGCGGAAAAGGGGAGGGAGGAGGCGGAAGCUGCGCGCGAGCAGGCGGAGAGGGCGCGGGAGGAGGCACUGGCGGGGAAGGCGGAGGCGGAGGUGAGCAGGGCGGCGGCUGAGGCCGCUGCUGCUGACGCGGAAAAUGCGAGAGCUGACGCGGAGAAGAAACAGCAGGACGCGGAGGCGGAAAGGGACGAAGCCUUGGCGGAGAAAGAGAAGGCGGAGAGCGCGCGAGACGAGGCGGAGGCGCAGAGGGCGGAGGCUAUCACGGCGAAAGAGGAGGCGGAACGGGCGAGGGCGGAAGCCGAAGGGGAGAAAGCGGAGGCGGAGAAGGGGAGGGCGGAAGCGGAAGAGGCGCGCGCGGAAGCUGAAGAGAAGCGGCUGCAAGCUGAAGCGGCGAGGGAGGAGGCUGAGAAAGCGAAGGAGGAAGCGGAGAAUACCGCUAAAGAUGCUGUUUCGGCACAGGAGGAGGCUGAAAAGGCGAGGGAAGAGGCGGAGAAAGCAAGAGACGCGGCUACUGAUGCGAAAGAGGAGGCGGAACGAGCGAGGGAGGCCGCUGAAGCGCAGCGGCAGCAGGCGGAAGCGGCCCGCGCGGAGGCUGAGCGGAAGCAAGAGCAAGCGGAGGCGGCGAGAGAGGAGGCGGAGCGGAAGCAGGAGGAGGCGGAGAAGGCGCGUGAGGAGGCGGAGUCGGAGCGACAGCAGGCUGUGAUGAUGAGAGAGGAGGCGGAACAGGCGAAGGCGGAAGCGGAGAGGGCGAGAGACGAGGCGGAAAGCGCUCGCGCGGAGGCCGAAAUGGCGAAGGCGCAAGCGGAGAACGAUAAGGAAGAGGCUGAGGCAGCGAAGGCGGAGGCAGAGGCAGCGAGGGCGCAAGCUGAGAAGGAUAGAGAAGAGGCAGGAGCAGCGAGGGCAGAGGCUGUAAGGGACAAGGAUGAGGCUGAGGCUGCGAGGGAGGAGGCAGAGAGGGGGAAAGAGGAAGCAGAGAGGAGGCAAGCUGAGGCGGAGAGUGCAAGGAGUGAGGCGGAUCGGAGGGAGCAGGAGGCAGUAGAGGCGCGGAAGGAUGCUGAAGCGAGGCGAGAUGAGGCUGAAACGCGCAAGGAGGAGGCGGAGAGGGCGCGUGACGAGGCGGAGAGGCGGAAGGAAGACGCGGAGAGGGAGAGAGACGAGGCGGAAAGGGUUCGGGUGGAGGCGGAGAGGGCAAGGGAGGAGGCGGAACAGGCGAAGGGGGAGGCGGAGGAGAGGGCAGCGGAGGCGGAGAAGAGAAGGCAGGCGGAGGAGGAGGCGCGGGUGAAAGCGGAGCGGGAGAAAGAGGAGGCGGAGAGGGCGAGAGAGGCUGCUGAGAAGGAACGGGCAGAGGCGGAGAAGCAGAGGGAGGAGGCGGAGGAGCGGCGGUUUGAAGCUGAGAGGAAGCAGGCAGAGGCGGAAGCAGCUCAGGCGGAGGCGGAGGGGGCGAAGGCGGAAGCGGAGGCAGCCAAGGCGGAGGCGGAAGCUGCUAGGAGCGCGGCGGAAGCAGCACAGGGGGAGGCGGAGAGGCGGAGGGAGGAAGCUUUGGAAGCCAAGGCGGAGGCGGAGGCUGGGAGGGCGGCAGCGGAGCAGGCUCAGGCGGAAGCGGAAGCUGCCAGGGCGGAGGCGGAGGGUGUGCGGGAGGAGGCGGAGAGGAAGCAGGCAAAGGCGGAAAGGGCGAGGGAGGAGGCGGAGGGGAAGAGGGAGGAGGCGGAGAGGCGGAGGGACGAGGCGGUGAGGAGGGAGGAGGAGGCGGAGAAGGUAAGGGACGACGCUGUGAGAGAGAAGGAGGAGGCGGAAGGGAAGAGAGACGAAGCAGAGAAGGCUAAGGGAGAGGCGGAGGAAGCUAAGGCUCGGGCAGAAGAGGCCAAAGAAGCUGCUGAAAAGGCACGAGCAGAGGCGGAGGCUGAGAGGGAUGAGGCGGUUAAGGCGAGAGAGGAGGCGGAGAGGAAGCAGGAAGAGGCGGAGAGCGCUCGUGGUGAGGCUGAGAGGAAACAGGAGGAGGCGGAGAAGGGGAGGGAGGCCGCGGAGCAGGCUCAGACAGAGGCGGAGGCGAGGCAAGGGGAGGCGGAGCGAGCAAAGGAGGAGGCGGAGAGGGUGAGGGACGAGGCGGAGAAGGUGAGAGAUGAGGCUGUGAAAGCAAGGGAGGUGGCUGAAGAGGCGAGGGAGGAGGCGCAGGCAAAGCAGGCUGAGGCAGAGAAGGUGAGAGAUGAAGCAGAGGCUGCGAGGGAGGAGGCAGAGAGGGUGAGAGAUGCUGCUGAAGCAGCUAAAGAAGAGGCCCUGAGGAAGCAGGGAGAGGCGGAGGAGCAGAGGGAGCAGGCUGAGAUGAGAAAGGGAGAGGCUGAAGAGGCUAGGGCAGAGGCGGAGAGGAAACAGGAGGAGGCGGAGGGGAGGAUGAGGGAUGCGGAGAAGGCAAGGGAGGAGGCGGAGAGGGUGAGGGACGAGGCUGUGAGGGCAAAGGAGGAGGCUGAACAGGCGAAAGAGGAGGCUGAGAAGAGGCAGGAGGAGGCGGAGGCGAGGAGAGAUGAGGCUGUGAAGGCUCAGGAAGCUGCUGAGAAGAAGCAGGAGGAGGCUGAGAAGGAGAGGGAUAGUGCCGUGCAGGCGAAGGAGGAGGCUGAUGGGAAGAGAAUUGAAGCUGAGAGCGCUCGGGAUGAAGCAGAGAAGGCGAGAGCUGAUGCUGAGGAGAGGCGAGAGGAGGCUGAGAAGGCUCGUGCUGAGGCUGAAGGUAAGCAGCAGGAGGCUGAGGAGAAGCAGAGAGAGGCGGAGGAAGGGAGGAGGGCAGCGGAGGAGGCGAAGGAGGAGGCUGAAGCGAGACAGGCAGAGGCGGAGAGGGCUCAGGCGGAAGCAGAGAGGAAGGAGAGAGAAGCAGAGCAGCGGAAAGAGGAGGCGGUGGAAGCUAAGGAGCAGGCGGUGAUGGAGAAGGAGGAGGCAGAUGCGAAGAGAGAGCAGGCAGAGCAGGCAAAGGCAGAGGCUGAUGAGAAGCGGGAGCAGGCUGAGCAAGCCAAGGCAGAGGCAGACCAGAAGCAGGCUGAAGCAGAGCAAGCGAGGGAGGCAGCAGAAGCGGAGAGAGACGAGGCUGUGAGGGCGAGGGAGGCUGCAGAGAAGGCUCAGCAGGAGGCGGAACAGGCGAAGGAGGAAGCGGAGAGGGCGAGAGAUGAGGCUGAGAAGUUGCAGGCAGCAGAGGCGAGAGCUGCUGCGGAGAACGAGCAUGCGGAGCUGGGGAGGCUGAAGGCUGAGGCGGAGGGAGCGAGGGCGGAGGCUGAAGCGCAGAGGGACGAUGCGGAGUUGAAGUGGCAGCAGGCUGAGAAGGCGAGGGAGGAGGCGGAACGGAGGAGGAGCGAGGCUGAGAAGGCCAGGGAGGAGUCUGAGCGGAGGAGAGAUGAGGCGGAAGGGGUGAAAGAGGAGGCUGUGAGGGUGAAGCUAGAGGCUGUGAACGCGAAGCUGGAUGCUGAGAGUGCGAGAAAUGAGGCGGUGAGGAGGCGGGAGGAGGCGGAGGGGAAGCGGAGUGAGGCGGAGAGGAAGCAGCAGGAGGCGGAGAGGCUGAGGGAGGAGGCGGAGAGGUUGAGGGAGGAGGAGGAGAGGCUGAGGAAGGAGGCGGAGAAGGGGAGGUUGAUUGCGGAGCAAGCGCGGGCGGAGGCGGAGCAGGCGAGGGAUUACACGGCGCAUUUGCUGGAAGAGACGAAGAAGGAGCUGGAGCUGAAAAGCCGCGGCUUUCUGAAAAAGGUCUUCAAGUGA